AUGGAUUUUAACACGAGUGAUGAACAAACCAUAAACAAUACCAGCAGUCUGAGCAGCCUCGAAACUGAGGACGCGACCAUAUCUACGAGUACAUCUACUGGAAACAUUUGUAGUCCUUUGGGUGAAACUCCUCGUCCAUAUAAAAUGUUACUUGCACAGGUUCUCGCGGACAAUAAACAACUCGGAGAACAGAUUGUCGCUUUAAAGAAUAAACUUUAUAACGAACAAUGCAAGAAUGCAGAGUUGAAAACUGCUCAAGCUCGAGAAGUUCAAGUUCGGGCGAUCGAAAACAUGGUAGUUUUUUUCACUUUAUCUAUAAACGUGGCGAAAGAACAGUAA